CCGCCACAGCACGAGGCCCAGCACUCACCGAAUAUCUGCACGUUUUUCUGGGAAUUGACAUUCCUUUUUUGCUGAUUGACUUAAAAGUACCAAUAAUUCCCCGCAUUGGUUCCCGUGAACUCUCCCGUAGGACAACCUUAUGUCUUCAUGAGUAGCUCAGCGCACACGGACCUCUGUAGUACAGACUCCAGUCAAUCGUCUCUUGUCGUGUCCAGCUGGGUUGCACGACUGAAAUGGCUUCCUAUAAGUCACACCUCAAUCCUCCGAGGAGGUCGGAGGAGCAAGGCUCGUACACUCACAUCAAUUAUUCCACCCGGUUACCGCAGAGAUCGGUCACUCCGUCACUGGCCAGUACACCACAGCCAACCGCCUCAAGCCAAUCCAAGUUGCAAAAGAGAAGGCCCUCAAGAGAUGAAGCAACGCAGCCAUCGAGAACCUCUACCCGUCAGCGAAUACCAACCUCGAGACCAGCGAUAGCUACCAAAGUACGCCAAGGAAGCGCAAAUAUUGCACCUCAAUCAACCCUGUCUCCUAAUUUACCAUCCACUAAGACUGUACGACAAAUAUCGUCAUCUCGUCUCCCGAAACUCGAAGUAGCCGCCGGUAGCACGCGCACACCAUCCCUAGUAUCCGGCUCCUCUGCCUCUACCGUCGACAGCCCACGCCCGAAUGUUCUGAGGAGGAAACCGUCAAGCAUCGGCGUCACAAGCCCAAAAUCUAACAUUAAAGACAAAGACCUCCCAAUGUCCCCAGUCGAAGAGAAGCGCAUGGACAACAUUCUUCCCGGUGGAUUCAAAGAUCCUUUCUCAGAAACAGUACUGGGUAUCUCUUUGCCACCUUCUUCGUCGAUACUUAGUCGUUCAGAUGCCGAAGUCGAGGUGCCGGAAAACCUGUACUAUGACUUCGAAGCUGGGCCAUUGGACAUUCUCCCACUUCCGACACCCCAAUACGCGCUCUCUACGACGCCGUCAACUCGUUACUCCGAAUCACCCGGAGCUUUCAGUAUCUCUUCCACGCCGACCUCAAUGUCUUCGUAUUCUCCAGGUGCUGCAGUGUCCACGAAAGGAAGUCUCCGGAUGAGACAGACAAGCCCUUUACAGAGUAGGCCUCCAGUCACACGGCUGAGAACCCCCGACGAACUCAACUCUCGCCAACCGUCUGCCCUCUCUUCCGUCCGAGAAUCUUCAACAUCAUCCUCAUCUGCCUCGACAAUACUGGCAGAAGGGACGAAGCAGAAAGACAAAAUCUCAACGGCACGUCUGCCAGCGCCCCCAGCAAGCCCACAAGUCGCAGAGGAGAAGCCUCGCGUUCAAGCACCUCCAGAAUUAGCCCAUCUAGCCGACCCACCCGUUCGAUCGCCAGAACUGAGACGACCGACGCGCCCCAGCCGAGAAGGGACGGCGGAGAUCUCUGGCCUUCGAGGCCCCUCGCCGAUCAUCCAGAGUAAUAUGACCAGCUUCCCUUCUGCUCACCGUCGAACGAGCUCCACUGAAUCAAAAUCUGAACUAGCAAUCAACGGAAGAACAAGAUUUGGAAUACCUUCAAAGACCUCCUCGCGCAAUCCCUCACCUAGCCCCCACGCCACUCCAUCCAUUCCAGUAUCACGCGUACCUAUUCGAGGCCCAACACCAGAUAUUCAAAAGAAUGUCGACAAACGACGAUCAAAGACGCACCCCGGUCCCUCUCCUUCGGCACCUCCCACAGCUCCUAGCCCUAGCAAGACCUCGAGGUUUGGCUUCUUCCGACGCAAGACAGAGCCAGUGGGCCCGGCCACCAAACCGGAGAAGAAGCCAGCCCGGAAAGGGCCAGCAGCAGGGACGGGACACGAGGGAUACGGAAGGUAUGCCUUGAGAGGCCGCAGUGCAAGCUCUAUCAGUGGAGCUAGUAUUGGGCGGUCCGCAAGCGCUGGUACAACAACGGAGAGCCUAGAUCGUACCCCGUCAAGUCGCAAGAGCAGUGUCACAAGCACAACAAGCGCCGACAUGGAUGACUUCUUCCUCGAGCGAUUGAACCCCGUGGCCAUACGUGGGACGGGCAGCAGCACCGAGCUCACCCGCAGCCCUGAACCGAUGCAAAGUUCCAGCAGUGUCAAUCUUUCACUUGCCAGCAAUCAGAACACAAAAACAUCGAGCAAGACUAAUCUGAUAGAAGAGAGCCGCCCGACUCUAUUGCCGUCCGCCAUGUCAGACCCCGUGAAGGGCGCAUCUCCGGUCAAGAAAAUGCCUCUUGGAAUCCGAAGACCAUCCGAUAGUGACGAUGAUACGAAGCGUUCGUUUCUGACGUCCUUGACCACUAAACGCCCUGUCCGGAGUUCAAAGAUUAUUGAAGGUGGUGCGUUGACCAAAGUGACUUCGGGCGGCAGCGUAUCGGAGCGUGAUAACAUGACCGUCCACGGAAAAGAGGGAAAGUGGCUCAAGUCGAAGAAGGAGAAGGUUGAAAAGACACCAGCGAAACCCGCAAAGAAAUGGAACUUCUUCCAAAGGGCACAAGCAACCGCAAGGGUGGACACCCCUGUCAUCGACAAUGCUUCACCCAAUGGCAAGGUGCAAAACUCUCGGUCUAUGGCUCAUUACGCCUUGAUGGACUCUCAGUCAGGCAUCGAUCUCGAAGAUAUUGAGCAGUUAAUGCAUGAGGAUGACAGUACACCUGAGGAACCUUCUAUUCCCGACCGGGCGUUGGGAGCUAUUUCUCCACACAAAGCAGAAGAGAGAAAGGAGCGAAUGCAAUCGAUAUUGCUUCCCCCAAAGCCAGUCCUUCCGAACGACUUCACUUCACACACCCGUCCAGCCUCUCCCAAAGUAUACCUCAAUUCGGACGCACAGUCACCAAAGCAGGAACUUAAGGUUGAUACGAACAUUCAAUCAAUCACAGCUCAGCCCACGGAGUCUUCUCUUCCAGAGUGGACGCCUAUAACCGAUCUCUCUGCUCCAUCGUCACCUUUGCUGGUACCUUCCCAGGAUGUCCUGCAGACAGCUCAACCCGUCGAUACUACUGAGCCCACACAAGAUCCGAUGUCGAUUCCUUCACUCGAAUUGAUUGCCCCUCCCGGCCCUUUGCCCCCUGCACCACGCCCCAGCCGUUUAGCUCAAGUAGGCCGGAUUCCCCAAGUCGUCUCGACGCGAGUGCGGGAGACACAGGUCACACAGGAGCGUCAAGAACACAGACCUCCAUCUCAAUCUUUCUCUCGCCCUUUUCUUGCAGAUCAGCCGCGACCAACUGGCAUCUUGCGCACCUCGGUCGAUCUGAGCAGCCCUUUGUAUGCGACUACCGGUCCGGUCGAGCCAUAUCCAGUGUUGCAAGGACUCAACGCCCUCGCGCAUGGCACCGCUAUCGCAACGAUGAGUCCAACUGCAGAAGCAGCAAAUCGAGUCAGCGAGUUCUUCAAGUUUCCACCACGCAAAGACUCGGAAGUCUCUUAUUCCAGCAGCUCUGGAGUCUGGAGUUUCCCUCCUACCAAUAGCACUGCCAUCGUUCCCGGCCCUGACGCUCCACAAUCCGAAGAUGAAGUCUGGAACGAAUACAACGAUUUAAUCGACGAAGUUCUUUCUCCUCUAGAAGGACCUAAUAAGUUUGCAGAUGAUAGCACAAUACGGAGUGGACACCCAUCGCUAGAACCACCGCCACUCAAGAUCAAGGCGUCCAAUACAAUAGAUGGGGAUACUGUAGAUCGUGUUCAAAAUCCUCCUUCUCUUCAUCUCCGUCGAUCUCGUCUGCUGGCCGUCCUGCAUGCUGCGCAAUCUCCGACGUCUUCGGUGUCACUUUCAGAAAUCCUCCAAGAUUAUGGCGACAAGCACAUUAGCAUCAUUGAUCCCAAUACCGGCCGUCUGAGCUUUCCUUCCACGACGCGCGUAUCGACCGGAUCUAUCUCCCAGAACAAUCGGCCCAGCUCGACGCGCUCCAGUCUACCAGCAUCUCUCCCCCUCAGCACCCGACAGUCAAAGGCCACGCUAGGUUCAGUCUCCGAUAAGGACCGAGAGAGUGCCAGUGCAAAUAGAUACCGAGACACGCGACUCAUGGAAUUGGCAGAAACACAAGCUGAUGGACUUGUUUCGAUGGCGAACCUUCGAUUUGGGGCGUUGAUGACAAGCAAGUGGCUCAGCUUCGGACGAGUCCUCUUCAGCCCAGCCCACUUUGAGCUCAAGAAUCCCAGCGAAGAUCGCGUAUUGGUGAUUGAUGGUCUGGGCAAGGAUUGGUCAUACUAUUGUGCCCUGACGUAUCCGGAGGCCACUGUCUACAAUCUGGGACCUGGUGCCUCAUCGUCGACUACUUCAAAUAGCUCAUCAUCGGAGCCGUGGUCAACUCUCCGCAAUCAUCGCCACAUCUUGCAUGCUUCGCUCGCUACAGCCUUCCCCUUCCCGCAAAGCUUCUUCGCCUGUGUCGUUCUCCGCUUUCCACCCGCACUUGCGUCCUCGGUGCAUCGUUCGGUGCUGUCGGAGUGCAAACGCGUGCUACGUCCAGGAGGUCAUUUGGAACUUAGUGUUCUUGAUCUGGACUUGGUCAACAUGGGCAAUCGCGCAAGACGUGCAGUCCGCAGUCUCAAGGUACGAAUGCAGGUUGCAGACGAGCACGUCUCCUUGCGCAACAUCAGCGAUGAGAUAAUGGCGGGACUUGGUAGGAAAGGCUUUGCUGAAUGCAACCGUUGCUUCGUCGGCGUUCCGGUGGCAGGACGACUGCCCAGCUCCGACGAAGCUGAGACUCGAAGGAAAGGAAGUACUGCAAGCUCCAUUGGCAAAGCUUCAACCUCCGCGCCCAAGGCCAAGAACACAUCGAAACCCGAAGUCUCCUUCUCCGAACUACUCAAUGCACAAUCUUCGUCCGAAUCCACCGAUGACAGUAUCACUGACAUGGUCGCUCGUGUCGGACGUUGGUGGUACUCUCGCUGCUACGAGUCGCUCGUCCUUCCUGAAGCCGGACAGCCUGGCUCCGCUAAUUCAGGCAACUUACUAGAGAGCAGCAUCUGGCGCGACGAGAACCUCAUCAAGGAAUGCGAAAAGCGGGGGACGAGCUUCAAGCUUCUCAUCGGCUAUGCGCAAAAACCUGAGGUCGGGGUACGACGCACGGUGAGCGUCUAGAUCCUAUCUAACAAACCUACCUCACUUGAGGCUUCUUCGAGCUGCGCUCCAACAAACAGAGUCCCGGAGACUGCUUUCCAACACGAAACAAACCUUUUAAUGGCGGCUCAUCGCUACUCCUUUUCUUUUCUUUUCUUUUCUGCGUUCAAGCGGUCUUUAUCAUACCCCUCAUCGUUCUUUUUUU